UUAUGCGGCCAGUCCGCAUGCGAGGGUUCUGGGGAUGGAAGACAAAGUUUGGCUUCGUGCAGCAUUCAACCCAGUGCUAGAGAAAUUCUACACCCAGUCAUCAAAACAUCUGAAACAGGUAGGAGGACAGGGCUGCACUUUGAUGUCCUUGGAUAUUUAAAGGACCACUAUCAUGCCAGGAAAACAUACUCGUUUUCCUGACACUAUAAUGCCCCGAGGGUGCCCCCACCCUCAGGGUCCCCCUCCCGCCGGGCUCUGGGGAGAGGAAGGGGUUAAAAUCUUACCUUUCUCCAGCGCCGGGUGGGGAGAUCUCCUCCUCCUCAGCGACGUCAUCGGCUGAAUGUGCAUGCGCGGCAGGAGCCGAGUGCGCAUUCAGCCAGUUCAUAGGAAAGCAUUUGCAAUGCUUUCCUAUGGACGCUGGCGUCUUCUCACUGUGAUUUUCACAGUGAGAAGCACGCAAGCGCCUCUAGCGGCUGUCAAUGAGACAGCCUCUAGAGGCUGGAUUAACCCUAUUAUAAACAUACUAUGUUUAGAAAAAAAAAAAGGGUUAAGCUGAAGUGGUCUGGGUGCCUAUAGUGGUCCUUUAAGCUACAGAUAAAAUAAUGGGCAGAUUCUCCCGGAGGGCCGUUUUCUACCAAUACUGUGCUCGAGUAUGGAAAUGUCUCCACAAAACAAUUCUCUAGUUGCGUUAACUUUAAUGCGAUCUUCCAGACUGUUGAUAAAAGCGAGAAUCUUCAUAUUCUUUUUUUUUUUUUUUUACUUUAAAAUAUAUCUUGGUACUCUGUUGCUGUAUGUUUGAAUGACUGGAAAUGUCUUUGUCUGCGACUGAAAGUAUAUCUGACUGAAAUGUUUUGAUACUGUGCGGAGAACCCAGUGUUAACUUAGGAUCACAGUUAAUAGUUUCAGUAUAUUUGGAAAGAACAUGUCAAAUAACUGCCAUUAAAUUUUUUCUUAAAAUGGCUCUAAACCGUAUUACAGCUUUUCUUCUUUUACAGACCGACUUAGAGAACCUUUCACAAGCAAGUAAUUUCACUGUAUGCCAGGUGGAGAGAUGGUUCCGCAGGAGGAGAGACCAAGAGCGGCCAAGCUUGCAGAAGAAGUUUCGGGAAGCCAGGUAGAAGGGGAACUCUAGUCUGGUUUAAGGGAUUGGCACCUCUCUAGUCCUAAAUUGUUCAGUCACUCAGUGUAGACGUAUUCCUGGAAGUAGUGAAGGGUUCUUUAGUCCAAAGCAAAGCUCACUUUACUAUCGGUAUUCUGUAGGUCUGCCUGUGUCUGGAAUUUGAAGUAAACACACUUACUUUGAUCUCCCACUGAAACAUGCUGAAUUCGGAAUCGACCAGAAUACUUUUAUUCGAAUAUGAAUCAUAUUCAUUGCUACUCAAGCAUAGAAAAUACAUCAUCAAUGUAUCGCAAGUAUAGUAGAACUUUCUAUGACCACCAUUUUACGACACAAUGGUUUAGUAAAGUAAGGCCUUGUCCCGCAGUGCUUUCGUUCCUUCACUGAAUGUCAAUGUUACUAACCGAGGAUCUAUCGUCCCAUUUGGCUGCUAAGCUGUUUUGUCUUUCCCUGCUUAGUGAAUUCUGCCUUCUUUUGCAGUUGGAGAUUCACCUUUUAUCUUCUUGCUUUCAUUGCUGGCAUGGCUGUCCUUGUAGACGUAAGUAGUGUUUGGUUAGUAGUUUGUUUGUUUUUUGUUAUUUUUUUGUUUUUACUUUUUUAUUUGCACAGCAUGAGGUUUUGCAGGAAUUUUAAACUUGUUUCUUUUUUAAUGCUUUAUUUAUAAUUCAGUAUGCACAUAAUGCUUUAGAAACUGGGUCAGAUCAAGUUUGGACUGUCCCUUUACCUAUGUAGAUCUAAGUUUGAAUUGGUUCACAAAUCUAAUAUUUGUUUGGUACUUUAAAGGGUUACUCCAAGCACCAUGACCACUUCAGUCUUUUGAAGUGGUCAUGGUACCUGGAGGGUAUAUGUGCUGCAUUUUGCUAUGAAACGCUUCACAUACAGAGUUUAACAGCUCUGCUGCCAGAGAUGUCAUUAGCCGGCCCAGAAGUAGUUUUCUGUCAGCUAAUGUCAGUACUUCUAUACUUCUAUUCAUAGAAUGUCAUUCAUUGGCUGUCCGUGAUCUGCUGAUGCUCUCAGUGAAUGCAUAGUCGCCGUGAUCUGCACCUGGCUUCUGCAACCUUGCCGAAGCCGGAUGUCUUCACAGCCAGGAGGAGGGGACUGUCGGAGUCUGGUAGUACCAGGUAAGAGGCAAAUCAUUGCAAAAUGGCUUGCCUUAUUACCAGGGAAUGGCACCAGGGUACUCCUGGCAAAAUAACCACUACAGCAAGCUGUAAUGCUUAUGAUGCUUGGAGUAACCCUUUAAAUUUCAAAUUUUACAAAGUGCGUAAAGUCCACUAUUACCUUCUUAGCUGCUGUCAAAAUCUCAUAAUUUAAAGUCCUGAGUUUCAUCUGAAACGUCUUCUCUUCCCAGAAUGUGCAGAGCUUUCUACAUCCAAUGUUUUAUUAAAAGAAGUAGAUAAAUUACCUCUUGGAUAAUGUUGUUUCACCAUCAACUUGCGGUAAUGGCUUAAAAUGUAAUAAACUGGUCAGCCACAACAUUAAAACCACCUGCCUAAUAUCGUGUAGGUGCCCAUCGUGCUGCCAAAACAUCACUGAAAUGUUGUGGCAUCGACUUCACAAGACCACUGAAUUUAUCCUGUGGUAUCUGGCUCCAAGACAUUACCAGCAGAUCUUUUAAAGGAACACAAACGUGUAUUCCUAACCCCAUAGUGUUAAAAAAAUAUAUAUUUUGCUCCCCCCCCCCCUUUAAUUAUAGUAAAAACUCACCUUAUUUCCCGUGCUGCCCCUGAUCCACCUCCAUGGCUGACAUCAACAGAAUUGAUAAUCUCAGUCAAUCACAGUGCUUUCCCACACUGUGCAGCACUGACCCAGGAAGCACCUUCACUGGUUGUAACGGAUCACCUGGCACCCCGACUGGAUACCUCCGUUAAAGGAUGCUCCUAGCGCUUCCUGAGGACUCCAAGCACUGCAGCAGACACCACAACCACCGAACCGGAGAAGCAUAUGAAUCCUCACAAGCAUAUGAAUGCUGUAGACAGUUGAAUAGGAACCAUACGAAUAGGUUUACUCUCCUAGCAGUCAAACUGGAACAGCAUACAAUAAAUCCUUCCCCCAAUAAUGAGACGACACUUCACUUUGAGGGUUAAAACAGGAACUCCCUGUACUGUCACAUACAGUCUCUUUUAUUCCCAAUCCACAAACAUAGUACAGCCCACAGGGCGUUACAAAACAACCAAUCACAUCACAGUUAUAUCCCACAUAUUCCCUCCCCUUAUCCUGAGAGGAAACUCAAUUAUACAUACAGUUAAAACAUACUUUCUACCCAACUUUCAUAACUCCAAAACCAUACAUCACAUUCACAUAAAAUUACAUAUUCACAAUCAAUCCAUUCAGGGAACAACAUAUUCAAAAUGGCACAAAUCAGACAAGGGGUUCAAAAGUUAGUAAAAAGUCCUUUGUGACUAAAUGAAGCAUGGCUUUCUGGCCCAAACCAGUUUCAGAGUCUUCUAUCCUGGAGAUAAGUAAUUCAAUUAUCUCCAGGACAGACACAAGACUCCAUUAAGCACAUGGUUGCAAAAGACACAAAACACUUUAAAAUACAUAAAGUCACAUUUUACACAUAACACACAGACAUUUCACAUAUCCCCAGAUAGCUCAGGUCUGAGCGCACAUUAUUAAGUGAAUGGCGCUCGGACCACGCAAAUACAGUUUAAUCGCCAUGGAACCAAAGUCUUUACAGUCAGUUUCAUACGAAUGGGCUCCAUGGGAUUCCUAUCUGGGGUAUAACACAUUCACACAAGGUCUGGUCCAUAGUCCAAAGGCAAGAGGCGGGCAAGCAGCCCCCUCCAAGGAUACGUGGCGAGGCCGGUUUCGCCACAUUUCUCCCCUUUACCAUCCAAACUAACAGGGCAUCUGACCUCCUGCCGGUCAGUGCCCUGGUUAGUCCAGCAACCCACCCACGAAGCACAAGCAGCAAUACAGCCCACCCACAAUAACUGGUUACUACACCUGGAUAAAAUAGCAACUUGUCCAUGUCCAGGUGCCUCACCACAGCUGUGCGGGGGGCUGGUAGACUGCCUUGGUGGGUUGCUGAGUGGGCAGAAACCAGCGGUACUCUGCCCGGGUGCCAGCGCUACCACUGAAGUAGCCUGGUUGGAGCCUGGUUGGGGGAGGGGGAGACCGACUGUCUCCCCUCUGGAUACACUGCUCUGUGGCUGGGGGACAGGACCGACCGUCCCUGCCCCUGGUGCUGCAAGUGCAGAGACUACGGUCCCAUCUGCAUAGUUGUGGGGCUUAACAUCUCCCCUUGGUGGGUUAGGCUGCCGCUGGAGAGAGGGUGUAACAAGCUCCUCUCUCUGAACUGUAGACUGCCGCUGGGGAGAGGGGGUAACCUGCUCCUCUCCCUGACACUCUCUUUGCUGGUGGAGAGGGGGACCAACUGUCUCCCCUUUCAAUAUUUUGUCCUGCGGCUGGGGUGCGAGACAGAUGGUCUCUGCUUCCUGGGGUACACACUGCCGCUGGGGAGGGGGGGUAACAAGCUCCUCUCCCAUACAUACUUUCAGCCGCUGGGGAGAGGGGAUAACAAGCUCCUCUCCCUGACACUCUCUCUGCUGUUGGAGAGGGGGACCAACUGUCUCCCCUUUUAAUAUAUUGCCCUGCUGCUGGGGAGCGAGACCGACUGUCUCCGCUUCCUGCAGGACACACUGCCGCUGGGGAGGAAGUACAGCACCUUCAGCUCCCUGGGAUACAUACUGCCGCUGGGGAUCUGGGCUGACUGCCCAGCAUCCCUGUAGGGCCUGUAGAGAGACCUCGGUCCCAUCCCCACCUGCCAGCUGGGUGUCUUCCCAGGACAAGUCAAUAAGGUCUUCCAUCUCUGGGGCUGGUUGGGACAUAUGUGGUACAGUACCAAGGUUUCCUGAUAACAGGCUUGGUUGCUGGGGAGGAGGAACUAAACUCAAUGCUUCCGGUGGUAUACAGUCCAUAAGCCCCAUCAUGUCAGAGACAUGCGGCGUUAUACGUUGGAAUAGGCAAACAUAAUCCUGUUCUAGUUCCCACUCUCGGUUGGCAAGAAAAGAUAGAUCUGGCUAAAUGGCAUCGAUCUCUGUAAGGUCCCAGUUGUCUGCCCGCUCAGCUCGAAUGGACCAGAAGCGAGCAAUGUCGGUGUCUCCGAACCAGAGACAAGUUUCAAUAGUAUCCAACAACAAACCAGGGCCAUCGUAGUCUUCCCCCUCAAUACACUUGUACUCAAUCAGCCAUGGGUAGAGGUGGUAAACAUGCCACCGCAGGGCCCGAUAGGAAUCAUCCAGCCACACCUCAGUCUCAACUAGCGUCUCCAGUUCGCUUACCCAUUCCUCUGAGGGCUGGUUUCCCAAUAACGGCAUCCGCAGCUCUAGUUGUUCUGCUUGGCGCUGGUUAGUGGUCAGGAUUUCCUCGCACCGGAAGGGUCGAAUUUCGUCGAUGUCCUCCUUCCAGAGAUCGGUACGAAGCGCCACCCUCCACUCUGUCUCUCUUUCCUCUGGGAUAGGAUACUCCAUACUGCGCAUCACAUCCUGUAGUCGCUGCUGGAGCCUGGCGUCAAAGUGAGAUACUGCACGGCCUUCCAUCUCUGAAGUAGUGCUGGUUUUCCCAAAUCUUUAUGUAGACAGGGACGCUGUAUGAACACUAGCGUCACCUUCAAUUUGUAAAUCCACGAACUGUGUCUCUGAGCUGCUUUACCUCGCACUAGGACGCCAUCCCACCGCUUGCCACCAAUGUAACGGAUCGCCUGGCACCCCGACUGGGUACCUCCGUUGAAAGGAUGCUCCUAGCGCUUCCUGAGGACUCCAAGCACUGCAGCAGACACCACAACCACCGAACCGGAGAAGCAUAUGAAUCCUCACAAGCAUAUGAAUGCUGUAGACAGUUGAAUAGGAACCAUACGAAUAGGUUUACUCUCCUAGCAGUCAAACUGGAACAGCAUACAAUAAAUCCUUCCCCCAAUAAUGAGACGACACUUCACUUUGAGGGUUAAAACAGGAACUCCCUGUACUGUCACAUACAGUCUCUUUUAUUCCCAAUCCACAAACAUAGUACAGCCCACAGGGCGUUACAAAACAACCAAUCACAUCACAGUUACAUCCCACAUAUUCCCUCCCCUUAUCCUGAGAGGAAACUCAAUUAUACAUACAGUUAAAACAUACUUUCUACCCAACUUUCAUAACUCCAAAACCAUACAUCACAUUCACAUAAAAUUACAUAUUCACAAUCAAUCCAUUCAGGGGAACAACAUAUUCAAAAAUGGCACAAAUCAGACAAGGGGUUCAAAAGUUAGUAAAAAGUCCUUUGUGACUAAAUGAAGCAUGGCUUUCUGGCCCAAACCAGUUUCAGAGUCUUCUAUCCUGGAGAUAAGUAAUUCAAUUAUCUCCCAGGACAGACACAAGACUCCAUUAAGCACAUGGUUGCAAAAGACACAAAACACUUUAAAAUACAUAAAGUCACAUUUUACACAUAACACACAGACAUUUCACAUAUCCCCAGAUAGCUCAGGUCUGAGCGCACAUUAUUAAGUGAAUGGCGCUCGGACCACACAAAUACAGUUUAAUCGCCAUGGAGCCAAAGUCUUUACAGUCAGUUUCAUACGAAUGGGCUCCAUGGGAUUCCUAUCUGGGGUAUAACACAUUCACACAAGGUCUGGUCCAUAGUCCAAAGGCAAGAGGCGGGCAAGCAGCCCCCUCCAAGGAUACGUGGCGAGGCCGGUUUCGCCACACUGGUCGUCUGAGGAGUGGCCACUACAGGUGUUCCUGGGCUAUAAUGUAAACACUGCCUCUUCACCUCUUCAUUUACAAGAUUUGUCAUGGCUCUCUUGCCAAAACUGAAUUAUGAUGUAAUUUGCUAAAUAUUUAAUAUAAAUUUAAAAUAAAAUGGUGUAUCUCAUAAAAAAAGGUUAACACACAUUGUUGGGGAAUGUUCAGUGUUUUAUUCAGUGGUCUAAGUGGAUUUGCACUAAGUACGAUUCUGGCUUCUUGUAUAGUUUUCCUGCUACUAAGUGUUUGUGUGUAUGUGGCUCCAUACAGAAUGAAUGAGGUAUGUUCUACCCAUUCACCAGGCUGAAAAUUUUUUUAAUUCUACUGGGGUUUAUUCCCUCAAUACAUUUAAAUUUGAACUAAAGGGACAUUUCUUUAGCACCCGGUUGCUUUAAGAAGAGGGUCCUGAUUAUUGAACAUAAACAUUAUUGAACGUAUUUGGUUUUCAAAUCUAUGCAUGUGACAUCCAGGAAGAAUGAUUCAGUAGGCAAAUGAAGAGGAAUGAAGCAAAACGUAUUGAUGUGCCUCUGUAUUACUGUAAUAUGCAAAUGAUGGCCUUUCCUGGUGUGGAAUGAGAUUUGCAUUUGGGAGGCCCUCCUCUUUGUGGCAACCUUAUUAAUCUAGUGGGUUUAAACUGUUUGUUCUCCUUCUAAAUUUGUAUAUUUUUUUUCUUUAGCUGUACAAAUGUGCGGUUUGUUGCCUCCUUAAUAAUGGCUGGUUUGGUGGGAGCUAAAUGUAGGCUGUUGGGAUAUAUUCUGGAGCAAAUUCCAGCUGUUGAAUCUGGAAGGUCUGUUGGCUCAGUCGUGGCUUUGUUCUCUCCAUGGCUGCUGCCCAGCUUUCAUACAUCGCCCCAUGGAUCCAGCUCCUCAAUCUCUUCUGAGCUCGUCAUUAGCUCCAUCAAAAUAAAAGAUUUGGGUGUUUUUGUUUUGCCUUGUUUUCUCAGUCAUACUGUACACAAGACAUUUUUCACCAAACUUCUCUAAAAUGUUAACAUGGUACUGUGAGUGUUCUAUGGGUGUGAUUAUUUUAAUCUGCAAUAUUCCUAAAAUAUAUCAAAGUGCAGAUAUUAGUUUAUAUCUGGACUUGGCUGGAGACUGGCUGAAUCUGACAGAGAAUACCUUUUUCUGCCUAGCUGCCACUUUAGGGCCAAAAACCCAUCAUGUUCAUUCAUGUUAUGAGAAAUCUGGGAGAUAGUGGCACAGGAAUGAUUUGGGUGGCUAUAAUUGACCGCCAUGCUUUGUGUAUGAGCAAAGCUCUGAAUUUCUUCACUGCAAAGGCCUCUGCUUGGUGUCCGGGCAAUGUAUAAACAAGCGUUUCAUUUAUGGAGGUGUUUUCUGAUAAUUCCAAAGAGGGUUCUUUCCAGCCCUUUACAAUUUUUCUUAAAAUAUGGGGGUGAGGAAGUGGUGUUGCUUGACUCUGCAAACACUGUCUUCUAGUUUCCACAAGCGACCGCACUGCUCACAAUCGUAUUUCUUAUCAUUCUAGAAGCCUUGGUUCCACGAUCUCCGGGAGGUCUGGAAGGAUUUCCCUAAGCAGGUAACGGUCAUUGUGAGACAAAAUGUUGACAGUUUUAAUUCUCUAAAUAUUAUUUUUAUUAUUAUUAUUUGGUUUUGGUCUCUGCUUAACUUUCAUUGUUCACGGACUUCAAAACCACAUGCAAUAGUACUGCUGGCGUCCUGCUGUUAUCAGGCCGCUUGCCACGAUAAUGGAUUGGCAGGAGCGAGGGUGUUCCCUCUACCAUGUAGCAGUAACGUAUGCAGCAGCUAA